CAAGAAUUACAAUGAAUGUAUCAAGCUUUCAAAAUGUCAUACUAACACGAAUUAUCAGAGGCUCUUCAAUCAGAUAAUGAGUAUCUCUCUCCACUAAGCUUCUCCCUCAUCUCGAAUCUAAUAAAGGAAUGAUCCUGCGAAUCCCAAAAUUGCCGAAACUCGGCAAAGUUGGGAUCGUCUUCGCAUGUUCACUUGCGACGACACUCGCUCUUUACAGCAUCUUGAGAGUACGUUCACCACGCAAGAAAAUCAUCAAAAGUCCACGGCAAUGGCAGAUGCGCAGUCUUUCCAAGGAGGAGCGAGAUGAGCUACCGUAUCCGCCAGAUGUGCUGCCCGGUGGGAGAGAUGUGACAAGUCCUUACGGCACAACAAGAGUCUACGAGUGGGGUCCCGAAGACGGGCGAAAGGUACUCUUUGUCCACGGCAUCAGCACACCAUGCAUAGCACUGAGUAACAUUGCCCACAGCCUCGUAGCCAAAGGGUGCCGAGUCCUGCUAUUCGACCUCUUCGGUCGUGGAUACAGUGAUAGCGUUGACCUGCCCCACGAUACACGUCUGUACAGCACGCAGAUCUUGCUCGCUGUCACUUCAUCCCCUAUUCCGUGGAUGCCAGGAGGGUUUAGUGUCAUUGGGUACUCGCUUGGUGGGGGAAUAGCUGCCGAGUUUGCAGUUGCGUUCCCGGAGAUGGUGAAGGGUGUUGUGCUGCUUGCUCCUGGGGGAUUGUUUCGAUCAGAGCAUUUUGGGUGGCAAACUCGGCUUAUGUAUUCUGGCUUUCUGCCUGAUAGAUUUGUAGAAUGGAUCGUGAGAGGGAGGCUUGGAGGACGGCCGGCCGAAAGACCCGUUAUGAAGAUAGGAAGUGAAGAGGAACCAUCGCUCGGUGAUGAAGCGAAGGGGAACCGAGACCCUAAUUUUGAUAACGCUGUUGUUAUGGAAAGUAGGCCAAAUGUCACAGUUGCGGACGUAGUGAGUUGGCAGUUAGAGGAGCACACGGGCUUUGUAAAGAGCUUCGUGAGUAGUAUGAUGUGGGGUCCUAUUGAAGGGCCGAGACCUUGGUGGAGGGUUCUGGGGGAGAAGGAUGAGAAAUUAUUGGCUAUUGCGGGGGAGAGAGAUGCGAUCGUGCUGGUGGAGGAGUUGAGGAUUGAUAUUGAGAUUGCAGUUGGAGUCGGGAGAGUCGACUACAGGGUUUUAGAGGGACAGGGCCAUGAGUUUCCGAUUGCGGCGUCAGAGAAGGUUGUCAAAGAGGUGGCUGAAUUCUGGGGCAUAUAGAUAUAGAGGGUUUGUGCUUGGUAAGAUUUUCAAUGCACUGUUUGGCGCCCUUUUGUUUGUACCCUUUUCAUGAUUUUUUCUUGGUCUGAUUUUAGCAUAAGGUUGCAAGAUUUUAUCGUCAAUGUUGAUAUUUCUAUGUGUUUUGGUUACAUACUUACAGAACCCUAGAUCUGUUUCAUAUGAGUGUCAU